ACAACCCCCCGUCAAUUAUCAACUCUAACCCUGCCAAUCUCAUCGACAACAAGCUUCAUGUCAAAUCUAUCAAAUCCAUACUUCUAUCACCACUUUUACCCUGUCAAGACUAGUUGCUUAUCUUUUCUAUUAUCAUUUCAGUCAUAACCCCCCUAGACUUUGACUCAUACAAAUAGGACAAGCUAGGGAUUUGAUUUUGUUACUCUUUGCAAUCAUCAUCAACAACAACACGCAAUCGACAGAAAUAGGGUAGUUGUGAUGAUUAAGCAAAUGGCAGUUAGGUCUGAGUUCAAAGAGCGACAACAUCAGUCAAAUGGAUGAAGAUAAGUGCAAUGGAGAUGCAUGAAUGAAGACUAUUACAUAGUGAUCUGCAUGUAUUGCUCUGAAUUUGUUGGAAGAUGAUAGAGAAUAUCAUAAAUGCCUAGAAGAGUCUUCCGUCAUCAAAACAUGACACCAACUACGAGAAUUAUUUGGUAUUAUACUGACAAAGUGCAGUCACAUGCGUCCAGAAGUCUUAUGGAGGAAAUAUGGAAAGCAUAUAUGCGAUGAUCUACAAUAUCAGAUUAGACAACUAUAUGGAUAUGAAAAUCCAACAGAUGAGGAUGCUUUGGAUUACGAUUUGUAUCUCAUGGAGAAAAUAGUCCAAGAGGAAGGGAAAGAAAUGAAAGAUGUUGAAUGCCGAGACACACCGGUAAUUGGAGUCAAAUUUUUGGGAACCGCUUAAUAUGUGACCAGAGACAAUUGCAGCUUGAAGUUCAAGAAUCAACGGUGGAUUCGAAUAUGGAGAAAUUCAAAUACUGAACAGAGAUUUGCGUUUGAGACAAUAUCAAGUUCUGUGGAUAAAAAUCUAGGAAAAAUGUUCUUUUUAAAUGGUAGUGUUGGGACGGGAAAGACUUUCGUGUAUAACACGCUGGCAGCAUCCUUUAGGAGUAGGGGCGACAUCGUUCUGACUGUCUCUUCAUGCGAAGUUUCUACAUUGCUUUUAACUGGUGGAAGGACGACGCAUCAACCUUCCACAUACCUUUUGAGCCUCAGUUCGACUCUAAGUGUAAUGUGAAUACUGAAUCGGAGGAUACAAAAUUGUUUAGGGAUGCUACGUUGAUAAUAUGGGAUGAGGUAGCAAUGCAACACCGUUUUUGUAUUGAAGCUGUAGAUCGUACUUUGAGAGAUGUGAGAAAAAGUGACGAACCAUUUGGAGGAAUCAUUUUUGUGCUUGGAGGAGACUUUAAGCAAACCUUACCGAUUGUACAAAGGGGUCGAAAAAAACAAAUCAUAGACGCAUCAAUUAAAAGUUUUGUUUUAUGGAGAGACAUGAAUGUGUUUAAGCUGACGCAAAAUAUGAGGCUUGAAAGUCAAGAUCUUGAUAACAUUGCAUUUGCUGAAUACUUGCUAAAGGUGGGGGAGAAUACAAACCCAAAAAUUAACUUGCCAUCUACUAUGUCAAAGUGUGUUGAUCUACAUGAGCUGAUUUCAAAGAUAUAUCCAGGAAUCAAAGAGAUGAGCAUGCCCACUCCAGAGUAUUUUACCGAGAGAACAAUAUUGUCUCCUAGAAAUGAUGAGGUCUCAGAGAUCAAUAAAAUUGUCUUGGAGAUGUACAAUGGUGAAUCUCACACGUUUCUUGCAGCGGACAAACAAGAGCAAGUUAAUGGUGAAUCAUCAACAGGUACAACCUAUACGAGUGAAACAUUAAACCAACAAAACCCGUCAGGGUUACCGCCAUUCAAGUUGGAUCUCAAAGUCGGUUGCCCAAUUAUGUUGUUACGCAAUCUAGCACCUCGAAGUGGACUAUGCAAUGGUACCAGGUUAAGGGUAGAGAUUUGCGAGCAACAUGUUAUUAUGGCUACAAUAUUAACAUGAGACAAAGCCGGGAAUGCUGUUUUUAUUCCGCGUAUAUCGCUAACACCAUCUGCAUCAAAUGUUUUCAUUCGAAUGACGAGAAGACAGUUUCCAGUCAGGUUGGCUUAUGCCAUGACAAUAAACAAAUCCCAGGGUCAGUCGGUGAAAUAUGUUGGGGUUGAUUUGAGGAGCCCAGUAUUUAGCCACAAACAAUUAUAUGUUGUAGUUUCCAUAUGUACAACCGCCGGGAGGAUCCAUGUGUUACUUUCGAAGAACAACUCCAGACACGAAACUGCGAAUGUGGUGUACCCAGAGAUCCUGCUAUAGGUUUGGCAGACCAUUUUUUUUACAACAUCCUAUUGCUUUGAUAGAAAACUCAACAUAAACAUUUUUAUUUAGAUUUGUCA